AUGAUGAAAAUGCUAGAGGAUGAAUCAGAUGAUGGAAAUAUUUUUGAAGAUUCAGACGAAAGCGACGAUAGUGUGACUGAAGAUAACAUGGAAGCACACAUUGAGAGUUCUGAAUCAGAACAAAAUGAUGAAGAAUUCAGCGAUGACGACAGCACAGAUAACGCUUCAUAUUUUCUCGGAAAAGACAAGUCCAGUAAAUGGUAUCGAGAUAUUCCCAACAAGAAAAAUAGCGCCACGCCUCAUAAUUUGUUGAAGCAGUUACCAGGCGUUAUAGGCCCCGCAAAGUUAUCAAAAUCUCCAGUUGACUGUUGGAAAUACUUAUUCACUGGAGAUAUUCUGGAUAUCAUUGUAAAAUAUACUAACCAAUAUAUAAAUAUUAUCAAAAAUAAAUAUGGAUGUGAACGAGACGCCAAACUUUCUGAUGACAUUGAAAUAAAAGCGUUCAUAGGUAUAUUAUAUUUGGCUGGAGCUUAUAGAGCCCUGUAUUUAGUGGAAGAACUGAAAGAGAUGAAACUUUCCUACGUUGGCACAGUAAAGAAAAACAAAAGAGAGCUGCCACCUGAAUUUGUCACAACGAAAUCUAGGGAAGUGUAUUCAAGUAGCUUUGGAUUCAAUCGCGGUACUACAUUAGUAUCAUACGUACCGAAGAAGAACAAUACUGUUAUCCUUGUGUCCAGCUUUCAUCACGAUAAAUCUCUUGAUUCAGAAACAGGCGAGAAAAAGAAACCAUUGAUAAUUACAAUUUUACAAUUCCAAAGGGAGCAGUAG